AAAUUCCGCAGCACAUGGUCUUAAGAUGUCUUAAGCAAGCAUCCUAAGCCUUCUGGCUUCUGCCAGUCGUUUUCCUGCCGGGCUCAAGCCUUGACUUCAGGAGAUCUAUCAACCAGUCAGUCUGUGACUACAGUGCCUUUGUCUCCCAUGACGUGUUUCUAUCGUGUCGCUGCCGUGCUGUGUGCGUACCAUGCGUCGGCGUAUCGCGUGCAGCAUUCAGAGGGAAUGCAGGGAAUGGAAAUGCUCCAGGCAGGUCCUGAAGGGGACUUGCGAGCAGCCGCCGUAAAGUCCUUCAAACGGCCCGCUCCCGAUUUUUCGAAGCUAUCGUCACUUGAUGAUAUCGGGAAGAUCUUCUCUCCGAGGCUCGAACUUGACCGACAUUCCAACACCAGUAUCUUCGAACAAACACGAAGCCUUAUGGAAGAAGAAAAUCCAUUUGCUUGGGCUCCGAACUGGUCCUCUUCUAUCGGCUUCGGUGUGGACUUGAAGAAUGAGUCUGGAGUGGACGCUCUAGGCUUGCGGAAGGAGUGGUUGUCACUUUGUUUGCAGUCCAUUGUGAUGCCUGAAGCGCCUGAAGGCCACGAAAAAGCUGGAUUUGAGUGGAUCAAAAGCGGCUCAUGCGGUGCCGAUGCUGAUACUUGCUGGAAGCGCUGCCUACAGGUGAGCUUAUUCCAAUCAGAUGGGAAGCCGAAGAGGACGAGGCCAGCAUGCCCGAUGCGGCCCGCAUGCGUUUCAAGUUCUUGGGCAAGUGGCUGGCUCGAGCUUACAUUAUUAGUGGCAUAGGGUAUGCGCCAAUGGGUCUGCAUAGUCUGAUCUACAAGAGUUUGCUGGCUGGUCAUGCAGUUGCACCUGAGAGCGAGCCCUUCUACAGCGAGGAAGAUACCAUUCCUGCCGGUUCCCCAGUUUAGCAACGUGCAACAAAAACCAACACAACAUGUGACACAUUGUGACACCACGGAACAACAUGUAACAACAACAUGUA